AGAAAAGGUCUCACUUGUUGCUGAGCAGGAGCAGAGAUCGUCAGCUGACCGCGGAGCUCCGACAGCCUCGUCCCCUUUCAGAGCCUGGAACCGAACCGGGAGUCCGCCUGCCGGAACCGAACCGGGAGUCCGCCUGCCGGAAUCGAACCGGGAGUCCGCCUGCCGGAACCGAACCGGGAGUCCGCCUGCCGGAACCGAACCGGGAGUCCGCCUGCCGGAACCGAACCGGGAGUCCGCCUGCCGGAAUCGAACCGGGAGUCCGCCUGCCGGAAUCGAACCGGGAGUCCGCCUGCCGGAACCGAACCGGGAGUCCGCCUGCCAGCCCCGCCGCGCUGCCGCCCCACAGGAAGUUUCAUGUCGGCGCCAGUCCAGUCUUCAUGGCCGAUCGGACGCAUCUGUCUCGUCUGUGGACUCCUCCUGGUCGCCUCCCCGCUCCGCUCUGCAGGCCGGCUGAACUGCUCUCACCCUCUGGUACCAGAACAUGGAGGUUUCCGCUGCGACCCGUCUCCAUGCCGCGGGUUUCCCUAUAAGACCGUCAUCCGGAUCUUCUGCGAGAACGGAUACCACCUGGGCAACAAGAAGCCCAGCUCCAGGUGUCACCGGGGGAAGUGGGCUCCCCCCAUCCCCUCCUGCAUCCCCAUGAAAGACGGACCCGGCAUGAAGCCCGACGGCGACAUGCCCAGCAUGGCCACCACCGCGGUGGGCGUGUCCAUCUUCCUGCUCACCACCACCGCCUGCCUGAUCGUCAAGUCCCGCCUCUAUCCCUGCCGAUCGCACAGCCGUCGCUCCUCGGACCAGCUGGACCUGAUGGUGGACGGCCUUCCCGUCUCCCUCCCGUCCUACGAAGAGGCGGUGUACGGCAGCUGGGGGCAGCGCAUCCCUCCCUGCUCCGCCCCGGGACCGACCCAGCUCCUGCUGGCCCAGGAGGAACCCGGCUUCUGCCCGUCGCCUCCAACCGACCAGCCGGACGGCAGCCACCAGCCCCUGCUGUCCAUCCAAAGCCCGGAGAACCCCCCUCCGCCCUACGAAGAGGUCCCGUCGUCCCGUUCCAGAGACCGGCUGAACAACGGGAACAUCCGCCAUCUAUCGGAAGAUAAGGACACUUGAUCGCUGAGGAGCUCCUAUGGAGUCGCGAUUGUGACAGCUGGUAAUCUUCAGUGUUUCAUCUGACGAAGAUGAAGGAGGAGCAGCUGAUUCCUCUACCACCGGCACUUUUCCUGAUUGGCCGCAGCUGCGCGGCGUCAGAACAGAAAUGAUUUUUACACGAAGCUGACGAAGUCUGAUCAGCCAGCCGUCGGCGCACAGAACAUGAGUCAAUAACAGUCAAUAACAUGCUUCUGUUAUUGAUCAUAUCACUUACACAUGUUCAAAAAAUGCUGACUUGGAAAAAAAUCCCCGCUGUUGUUUGGCGCCCCUACAGCAGCGCCCAGUGCGUCGACGGAGCUGGCUGAGGACUGAAGAGUUUUUCUAAAUUAAAUGUUGAUUGUAUUGAGUGUGUGUGUUCUGAAUGUAAGGCUUGGCCUGGAUGUUGUUUGCCUCCUGGCUGGUUUCUAAGCUGUUAAACAUUAAUUUAUGUAAAUGUUUUUUGAGGUUUUUGGCGUGUUUUCAGUUUUGGAGACGUCGUUUUUCCCUCCCCUCAGUGAUGGGGCUGUGUUACAGAAACGUUUCCCGUUUCCAUGGCGAUUGACUCUACGCCAUUCCUGUCUGAGACCUUUGCACGUCUUCAGGUGCAAUCUGACGGUGAUUUUUAACCAGCGCGGUGCAGAUUUAUUACAGUAAUUUAAACGUUUUAUUAAUUGUACAGAAAAUAAAUAUAUUUAGAGAGAUGAGAACAAUCAAAUGGGUUUCUGUUGUAAUCAGUGGAGAGCGGAAUGUAAAUAUCUAUAUUUUUAAUAUAACAUUUACAUCUACUACUUAAGAUUAAUUUUCUUUAAAUCAAACAGACUAAUGGGCGUUUUUUGUUUUGCUCUUUAUUUCUUAACCUGCAAAAAAAUAAAUAAAUCUUUGAAUGACCUGAAAGCUUCGGACACUUUCCUAUUUUUAUUUCUACAGGGAUGCCUUCACAGACCUUGAAUGUAUUUAAUGUUUGAUUUUGUGUAGCUGUUAAAAUGAUUGUAAUACUUGCAGAUGACUAUUUGUACAUUGUGUUAUUGCACAUAAUUCUAAUAUAAUAAAUAAAUGGUUCAGGUGUU